GGCUCGGCUCUCCUCCUCGAUGAGCUCUGCGCUCUCCUCCUCGCACUGCAAUGUGUGAGUGCGUGCGUGUACAGCAUGUAUGUGUAUUAAACGAGCUGUGUGUGUGUGCGUGCUCUCCCCGGCUGCUGGUUCACAGCUUUUACAGUCACAAUGAAUGGCUGCUGGCUGUGAGCGAGGCGAGGCGGAGAGACACGUUAAACAGAGCCGCUGCUGAUACUCUGCUGCUGGAUGAACCUCCAUUCAAUCACUCUCACAGCGGAACUAACAGCAGCCGAGGGGGUGAGUUUGUUGUGAAGGCACGGCGGCGGGUCAACGAGGACAACGGCUCGGGCUCGAGACGCGACCCUGUGGUGCUGGGCAGAGCGUUAUGGCUCAGACGCUGCAGAUGGCGAUCCCUAACUUUGGCAACAACAUCCUGGAGUGUCUGAACGAACAGCGGCUGCAGGGCCUCUACUGUGAUGUCUCCGUGGUCGUCAAGGGACACGCCUUCAAGGCCCACCGUGCGGUGCUGGCAGCCAGCAGCUCCUACUUCCGGGACCUGUUCAACGCCGGCGGGAAGAGCUCGGUGGUGGAGCUGCCCCCGGCCGUGCAGCCGCAGAGCUUCCAGCAGAUCCUGGCCUUCUGCUACACGGGACGCCUCAGCAUGAACGUUGGAGACCAGUUCCUGCUCAUGUACACUGCUGGCUUCCUCCAGAUCCAACAGAUCAUGGAGAAAGGCACCGAGUUUUUCCUCAAGGUCUCAUCUCCAAGCUGUGACUCCCAGGGUCUCCACACCGAGGAGACCCCCCCCUCCGAGCCUCAGAGCCCCGUCACUCAAACAAUGGGAGGCGGCGGGGUCGGCGUCGUCGCCCCGGCCGCAGGGAGGCCCGCCUCCUGUCUGACGCCCCUCCCACUGGUGUCCAAGGUGAAGACGGAACAGAUGGCCUCCACACCUCAGCCCGCCCCACAGCCGCAGCAGCAGGAGGGCUCUCCCUACUCGGUGGUCUGCACCCCUGUGGCCAAGCGGCUGUGGGAGGGGAGCAACCGUGACGGCGGGGGGAUUGGAGGAGGCGGGGGAGGCGGGAUGAGAAAGGCCGCACGCUACUCUACCUCCUCCUCUUCGUCCUCCUCCUCCAACAACAAUACUAACCAGGAUGCCUCUGGGCGCGGACAGGCAGCCAAUGCUGCCAUGCUGGGCGGCGGCGGGGGCGUUGCCACUUCGAUGGGAGGAGCCGGACUCAACAGUAACCACAACAACAAUAACACCAACGGCGGGACCCCCGAAGGCACCAGCCCGGGCACACUGAGCAUGUACACCAGCGACUCGCCGAUCAGUUACCACGACGACGACGAGGAGGAGGACGUAGCGGACGAGAGCGCCGAGGAGCAGUACAGACAGAUCUGCAACAUGUACACCAUGUACAGCAUGCUGAACGCCGGAGCGGCAGCCCAUCAUCCUCCCUCCUCAGUGGUCGGGGAGCGGGUGGAGGCCCUUCCGGACCUGGCCCCGGACUCGGGUGGCGGGCGGGGGGGCAGAGGAGCGCGGUCCCGGCAGGACCUGGCGUCGCUGCCCGCCGAGCUCAUCAGCCAGAUCGGGAACCGCUGCCACCCGAAGAUGUACGAGGAGGGCGACCCGGCCGAGAAGCUGGAGCUGGUGAGCGGCACCUCCGUGUUCAUCUCCCGCGCCCAGCUCAUGAACUGCCACGUCAGCGCCGGCACACGCCACAAAGUGCUGCUCAGACGCCUGCUGGCCGCAUUCUUUGACAGGAGCACUCUGGCUAACAGCUGUGGAACCGGCAUCCGCUCUUCAACCAACGACCCCAGCCGUAAACCCCUGGACAACCGAGUGCUGCACGCUGUUAAAUUUUACUGCCAGAACUUUGCGCCGAGCUUCAAAGAGAGCGAGAUGAACGCCAUCGCGGCCGACAUGUGCACCAACGCCCGCCGCGUCGUCCGCAAGAGCUGGAUCCCCAAGCUCAAACUGCUGAUGGCCGACAGUGACGCCUACUCCGCCUUCCUGGCCGACAGCGUGAAGAUGGAGGCCGACGCGCUGGGGGCGGAGCAAGGCUUUGACCCCGCCUCGCUGGAAGCGGUGGCGGCGGCGGCAGCGGCCGCCAACCAUAACGAAGCGGGAGGCGGAGCCACGCAAGCGGACGCCCUCCAGGGGGCGGGAGGAGACGGCAGCACUUUGUUUUGAGUGAGUGAACGGACAGAUAGAUGAGUGGACAGAUGGACUGAUUGAUGGAGGGAGGGGUGCCAUUUCUCUGGCGUGGAGGGGGGGGGUGAGUAGAGAACGGUGGCCGCUGUAGUCGUGAUGACACUCCUCCCCUCGCCGCCAUGUGUUUGGGGAUCUAUUUCUUCUGUUACACCUCUUUCGGUCAGUUUGUUCUGCUUCCCCUCCUUCGUUUGUCCACAUUUGUCUCUCUCAGCGGCCCAGAAUGCCUCACUCUGGGUCGUCCCUCCUUCCUGUUCUGGUGGAGAGAGAUGGAAAGACAAGAGAGAAAGGUAGCAGAGAGAAGAGGUUGACCCCCCCCCCCCUCCACACACACACACACACACACACACACACACACACACACACACACACACACACCCCUCUUCAUCCCUCUGCAACCUUUCAGUUGUUUCAGCCUUUAUUUUUUUAUGUUUUUAAAAGUGUCCCUUUUCUUACCAUAGUCAAUCAGACAUUCCCUGGGGAUGGGGGGGUGGGAUGUGGGGGGGUGGUCCUGUUUGGAGAAAGUGAUAUUUCCUUCCCCAAAUUCCGGUAACACUGUUGUUUUUUGAUAUUGAAUGUAUGCGUGGCGAAGCAUCCGAACCGCAGCGUUGUCAGUCAGAGGAGGUUGAGCUUGUACAUUUAGUUUUUUUUGCUUUAUU